AUGUGCUUCGAAGAGUUCGCCCACUGCAGAAUCUGCGGCUACACAGUCCAGCAGAAAGAAUUCUGCCCCGACUACCGCCUCGAAUGGGUCAAGGUCUUGAUAGGCCAAUCCAACAAGACACCGAAGCAGAUUGGAGACGAAUGCGGGAGAUACGGAAAUACCAUCCACUUCUUCCCUGCUGCGAAGUGCCCCAGAUGCGCUUGGAAUCCGCCCCGUCCAGACCAAGUCGUCGACCACUGGGCCUGGGCUUAUCACACGAAUGUCGGGAAAUUCCCCGCAGAAAAACUUCCUAAGAAGUUUAACAUAGUUGAGGGCGAAAUAUGCUCUUGUGGGUGUUAUCAGGAUUUACGGAAAGGGAAGGAGGCGAGCGCCAAGGAGCCUCAUUAUCCUCCUCAUUGGAAAUGA